AUACAUACCUAAAUUUCGCGAAAUUAGCGAAAUCGCGUGCUGUUUGUCACGUACACGCAGAAGUGAUAUUAUUUUGUAAUUUUUCUUUAGAUUUUUUGACCGGUGUAAGCUUUCUAUUUUAACUUUAAGUUGUUUGUUAAAGUAUGGUGAACAAUCCUGAUUCUGUUUUACAUUCUAGAGCAAGAAAAAGAAUCAAAGCAACCAAGAGGAAAGCUAGACCAGAGUUGAACGACAAAGGAGCAUGGUAUCAACUAGGAUAUGCCAACAGAUUUGAUAAUUUCACUAAAGUGAAAGAUAAUGUUGAGAGAAUCCAUGUAAAAGACGUUUCACCACAAGCAUUUAUUGAAAAAUAUGAAAAGCCAUAUAAACCUGUUGUUAUUCAAGGAAUUCAAGAAAAUUGGGAUGCACACCAAAAAUGGACACUGGAAAGACUAGGCAAAAAGUACAGGAAUCAAAAAUUCAAGUGCGGCGAAGAUAAUCAAGGUUAUAGUGUUAAAAUGAAGAUGAAAUAUUUUGUGAAGUAUAUGAAUGCCAAUUGUGAUGACAGUCCAUUGUACAUAUUUGACAGCAGUUUUGGAGAGCAUCCAAGGCGGAAAAAGCUCUUAGAAGAUUAUGAAAUUCCUAUUUAUUUUCGGGAUGACCUAUUCAAAUAUGCAGGAGAAGAAAAGAGACCUCCCUACCGGUGGUUUGUAAUGGGACCAGCCAGGUCUGGAACAGGUAUUCAUAUUGACCCGCUAGGAACAAGUGCAUGGAACGCCCUAAUCAGUGGUCACAAAAGAUGGUGCUUGUUCCCAACGCACACUCCAAAGGAAUUGAUCAAAGUUUCGUCAGCAGAAGGUGGUAAGCAGCGCGAUGAAGCCAUCACUUGGUUUAGUGUUAUUUAUCCUCGCACUCAAUUAGCAUCAUGGCCACAAGACUGCAAACCUCUGGAAAUCUUACAAGGGCCUGGUGAAACAGUGUUUGUCCCUGGUGGCUGGUGGCACGUUGUUCUCAAUCUAGAUACGACAAUAGCUGUUACUCAGAACUUCUGUAGUCGCACGAAUUUCCCAAUUGUUUGGCACAAGACACUUCGCGGUCGGCCCAAGUUAUCCAAAAAAUGGUACCACAAGCUAAAGAUUCAUGAACCUGACUUGAUUGCUGUUGCUGAUACUGUAGAUCUGAACAAAGACACGGGAGUUGCCUCUGAUAGCUCCAGUUGCUCCUCAUCCAGUUCAAGUGACUCGGAAUCAUCGUGUUCCUCGAACGAGUCGCAACAAAAUGGGAACAGGCUUAGGAAAGGAGCGAAAAUUCAACGUCUAGAUUCUAAUGGCAGCCAUGACAGUUAGCCGGCAAAGGAACCUGGUCUGUGUUUUCUUGCUCUAGGAAAAAAAAAGAUGACAUUGAUGGACGCCAGUUGAAAUAUCUGAUCCAUGAUGUUACCCCACCAAAAUCCACAUGAUCAACAUUUUGUAAAUUUUUCAUCAACUUUGAUUCUCUCCUACGUUUUCAACUUGCAAUCCUUAAAAUAGUUGUUUGUCGAAAUGUAGGAUGGAUCGUUCAAUUUUUUAUUUUUUCAUGGAACAGUAUUUUUUGAAAAGUAAGUGACAGCCCCAACUCAACAUUAUCCAGCACGUUUUUGAACAAUUGGGAGCAAAAAUCAUGACUGGAUUGUUCGGCUAUAGACUGAUGUCUAAUACCAGGGACGAGUUCUAUAGGACGCCGUUCUGUUGUGAGCGGGUGAUUGCAGCGCAUUCUCGCGUAGGAUCCUAGUCAACUCAGAGGAUCCUUCCCCCCGAACCUCGACUCAUCGAUCGCCCGCUCCAAAAGUGAGGUUAAGCCGGAGAUUGAAAAAUAACACAUAAGGCGGCUGAAUUCUUGAAAAAUAAGUAUAUUUUUGGCGUUUUUCGACCCCUUUCGACAAGGAAGGAUUCGCCGCAUGUAAAAGUACGGUGAAAAAUUCGAUUUUUUGCAGUUAUACGGGAUCCUACGGAUUUUAAUGAAGUCCAACAACUGAUAACAGCAGUGAGUUGCGAGGAUCCUACGUGAGAUAGCAGCACUAGUACCUGCUCACGAAUUUUUACAUUGACUCUUACGGGAGUCCAGGGUCCUAUAGAACUGGUCCCUGCUAAUACCUACCGUUGUAGUUAUCCCCUAAUUUUUCCUGACUAUAAUCCUAGGCAUGUAGAUGAGAAGUACCUUUCUCAAUACUAUUCUGCAGCUGUUUAAAAUUGAGUUUUGAGUUCUCAAAGUUGAAUUGUAUACAAGGUGUCCCUAAUGGAAUAGAGGAAAGUAUAGGGAUUGAUUCUUUAGACUAGAACAAGACGACAUUGUUCUACACAUGACAUUUUUUUGUUUGAACCAUUUCAAAGAAAGAUGAGGGACCCCCCCCCCCCCCCCAAGUUUCCCCUAGAGAAUCUUUUUUUUAAUUACAUGAAAUUCUAGACGGGGCUGUAUUUUUAUGCCAUUUAUUCAUUUCUGGUGAUGAAAAGAGUAAAAAUGGAUAAUGUAGGCUUCCUUCAAAUGGCGCAAAUGAAAAAAGUUGCAGAACAAAAUAUUAUUUUUUAGAUUAAAGAAUUGAUCCCUACAGUUCCUAUCAUUCAAUUUGAGACACCUUGAAUAUAGGCGCCUUGUUUUGGAAAAAAUGUUUCUCUUGGACGUUGAGCUGAUUUUCGAACAGCGGAACUUAACGUAUCAUACUUAGUCUUCCUGUUAAUUAUUAUAUUUUUUCUGGGCAAGCCUUGUCUAUUCAGUUAUUGCCAUCAAGUUUUUGCCGUUUUCUUUUUCUGCAACUGACUGAAAAGAUUCCUUCAAUGGUUCUCAACCAGGAGCAUAAAUAUUUUCUCCUAAUAGUUCUUCUAAAAAACAAAUUGAAUUUUCCCCAUCGUCAAAAUAGCUUUGCACCGCUGGUCUUAUCUUUGUGAUGAUCUUACUGCCAAAAUUAUCCGUAAUAAAAGCAUCAAAUACCUGGGCAGAAACACUGCCAUAUCAAUUAAAAAAUGACCAUUUUCGGAGUCUAAAUUCCUAAUAACCUUCAAAACUUUCUGAUGAAUUGUUUAUAUUUUAACCUUUAAAAAAAGAAGAAAUAAAAUUGUAAGUAAAGUAAUGUAUAAACUAAAAUAUGGAUGCAUUGUCAAACCCAGCAAUACCCAUCCAAAUUUACCCGGUGGCUGCUACGUGUUGUUGAAUUCGAAUGGGUUCACUGCAUUUCUAAGAUGGUUGCCCUGCAAAUCGUCCAUCAACUCAUUGAGGUUUCGGAUUGUUGGCGGGCAUACUUAGUUCCUUUGAUUUGUUUUUGUUUACAAGUAUGUUGACUUCAGAACAACAUAUUGGGCAGCAAUCAAGUUCGGUUUAGCAAUGCAUCUUACAAAAAGCCGGCAUGAACGUUCUCGAGUUUUCAGUGUGCAACUGCUUAAAUUAUGCAUGCGUGGGUAAUAAUUACGUCAGUAUUAUUGGAGCUAAAAAUUUGAAGGAAUAAAAAAGUGGCUAAAAAUGAAGAAUACGCUUGGCUCGUUGAAAUCCCUUUUGCCCUGUGGACCCCACUUAGAUUAAGUGUUAAUUAUUCGAUGUGUACUAUUACUUUAGUUUGUUUUGUUUUGGAGAAGCGUUUUGUGAUCUAGGAGUACGUUAAUUUUAAACAAUAUUCUCUCAUUUCUUAGGUUUUCUUUUCAAUUACAAGCUAAUCUUCGUUGAAAAAAAACCUCUAAAUUUGACAACUGAGUGGACAAAACAGAAGUAAAAUAUGGAGUACAUAAUAGAAAUUCUUUCAUUCAACAUCAACGCUUUCUUAUGAAUUAAGGUUUGAAAGUAUGUAACCAAUACUUUAUUUCUUCACUGCGUCAUUGAGGUAUAAGUGAUUGAUUCAAUUGGCAUUUCAAUUAUUUUAUUCUCAGGACAAGACUCACCUCUUCCAAGCCUGUGCUCAGGAAUAUUUGUGUGCCAAUCACACUACAAAAAUGUAUAUUGAAUUUUUUUUUUUCUUCUUUUUUUUUGCACGGUACAUAAUUUCAAUGCAGGAUAAUUAUACAUAUGCAUUCAAGUGGGCCACUAGACAAGGUAUGAACUAGGAAAAACGUCACUUGUUUUUUCUGCAAAAUCUUUUGUAGAGAACAACUCACAUCACAGUAAGUUUAAAAAUCAACUCUGGAAUGAGAUAUGUGCAUGUGAAUUUAAUACAGAUCAAGUGGACUAUAUUUUGCUUUUAGGAAUCAUAAUUUCUGGCUCUUCUUUAUAAACACUUAUGUGCAUAGAGAAACUAAUAAUACUUUUGUUGUUUCUAAACCAAUGUUAGUACACUGAACACUUGCGUAUUGUUUAGGAGUUGAUUGCCAGACUUCGUGUUGUGUGAUUCGUUUUCCUCUGGAAAUUUUCACAGGGAAACAUGUCGCGUGAAGUUUGAAUUUAUACCUUAACUAGAGGCCUAUUACGUUGCAAUUAUUUCUCAAAUGGUUUCAAAACUCAGGGAGUAACUUUGUUUUAUCUUUGGAAUAUUUGCCAGGAAUACCAAUGAAAUAUCAAGACUGUUUCUCAGUGAAACUGUUGUUUAUAACGUGUUUAGCACAUUCAAUGGUGUACCUAUUUUCCCUCAUUUUCUUCAAAACAAUCUUUUUUGUAAACUUUUACAGGUUUAUCAAUUGCACUACAUUAUAAGCUCUUUUUGUAACUCUCACCCUGUAAUUUAACUCUCAAUGAAUUAACGAGAGGGAUCAGAUCUUAGGCAUCUCCUACUUUUUAGUACUAAUUGUAACUUAUUUUAGUGAGCGCAAGUAGAUUCUUAAAAGUAGCUUCAGUCUAAUCAUUUUUAGGGUUGCCACAGUGAGGGAAAUAUCAAGAAAAAUGACGAAAUCCUGGAAAAACUGUUAAAUCACCUUUACAUCUUUUUUAGAAUAUGUUAAGUAACAUUCCUAAUAACACGUGGAUUGCAUUUAAUGGAGGGCUACUCUUAUGAUCACAGUGUUGUAAUAAUCAGCAUCUUCAUCUUUAUCUAAAAAAUAUCCUGGCGUGGCAAAUAAUUUUUGCCUCUCCAUCAAAAAAUUGUUUAUUUUGAUGAAAACUAAUUUUGUAAAUUUUAAUAUACAAUGUACAUAUAUUUAGUUUUUUUUUUUUUUUUUUUUUUUUUUUUGAAGGUGCUGUUUUGAAAACCCUGCAACAGCACUGGUUCCCUUCUGCUAAGUAGGAUCCAAAUGCUGUGUGUUCUUGUUUGGUAAAAGCGUGUUUUCAUUAUUGCGCACAGUGUCAAAAUUUGUCAGGAAAAUGCUAGCAAAUUUCAUUUUUUCAAAUCUGUGGCAACUCCUCAUUUUUAAAUUAAAAUAAUCUAUUGUCAGUUUUACCUACUGAUCAGAAAUUUUUUAUCAGGACUUGUACUUCUUGGACCUAAUGAUUCACUCACAAGAGGUGGUUUUCCUCCUUUUCCUCUACUAUUCUUCAUUUUUAUUUUUUUAAAUUGUUGCUGUAAACCCUCUGAGCAUCUGGCUCUAAUAGCUCAGUUCUAUAAUAAUAUGAUUCGUUCUUAUAAGCAACCUAAAAACUCAACUCAAAAGGUUUGGUUCUUCUCAAAAAGAACCUUCAUAUUUUUAUGUGUAGCUAUAAAUGACGCCUCUGUAACAAUUUCGAUUAAUUUUGUCUCCAACCCAAGUUACUGUGUUAAACACUGAAUAAAACAGGUUUAUAUUUUA